AUUGACAGUCUGCUUAAGAAAUGGUUGCAAAAGUAAAGAUGGCAGUAAGGGGUGAUGCACAAAUUGUCCUCUUCGUUAUUUUGUGUAUUUUCUUAUUAAAAUCAUGUAAUGGAGCUGCGACAGAUAUUGAAUUAGAUGCAAAAGCACAGCUAUUGCAUAGACUUGAUAGUUUGAAUCUUUUAUUGUACACAUUUUUAUUGAUAUUAACUGUUUUAACAAUAUGGACAUUUAAACAUCGUCGCCUUAGGUUCCUCCAUGAAACUGGUCUAGCUGUCAUUUAUGGAUUAAUUAUAGGAGCAAUAAUACGUUAUGGAUUUACAACAAGUAGUACUAUUCUUCACAUGCCUGUUGUACCAGACAACAGUAGUAAAUAUAACCAAUCAGUUCCUCCUGAUACAUUAUGGUUACGUUUUCCGGAAGAUAAAGGAGGUGGUAAUAUUAUUAAAAAUAAAACAUUUGCCUAUUUAUUCAGAGGAGAGAUUUAUAAACAAGAUAAUGAAAUAGAUUUGAAGGCCACCUUUGAUUCUGAAAUAUUUUUUAACAUUAUUUUGCCACCAAUCAUUUUUCAUGCUGGGUAUAGUUUGAAACGUAAAUAUUUCUUUAGAAAUUUAGGAGCAAUUCUUAUGUAUGCUUUAAUUGGAACAUCUAUAUCAGCUUUUGUUAUUGGAGCUUUGAUGUAUGCUUUUGUACAAUUAAUACCACAUCUCUCUGCUUCAUUUACAUUUUUGGAUACUUUAUAUUUUGGUGCAUUAAUAUCUCCCACAGAUCCAUUGACAAUAAUUUCUAUUUUUAAUGAUUUACAUGUAGAUGUAAAUUUAUAUGCUUUAGUAUUUGGAGAAAGUGUGUUAAAUGAUGCAGUUGCAAUUGUACUUAGUGGUUCCAUACAAAAUUAUGGAGAACGUUAUCAAUCAGGUUCAGGUGGAUUUGAAACCGUAGCAUUUUUCCAAGCAUUUGGUGAUUUUGUUGGAAUAUUUAGUUUAUCUUUAUUUAUUGGUGCUACCAUGGGCUGUAUUACUGCUUUGUUAACUAAAUUUACUAGAGUUCGAGAUUUUCCUCUUUUGGAAUCAGCAUUAUUUGUUUUAAUGUCCUAUAGUACUUUCUUAAUUGCUGAAGCAUCUGAUCUUACAGGUGUAGUUGCAGUCUUAUUUUGUGGUAUUUGUCAAGCACAUUACACAUAUAAUAAUUUAAGUCCAGAUUCGCGUCAACGGACAAAACAACUAUUUGAACUUUUAAAUUUUUUAGCAGAAAACUUUAUAUUUAGUUAUAUUGGUGUUUCAAUGUUCACUUUCCCGAAACAUCAUUUUGAUCCAGGAUUUAUUUUUGCAGGAUUCUUAUGUGCAUUAUUAGGUCGCGCAGCUAAUGUAUAUCCAUUAUCUUUUAUAUUAAAUUUGGCACGAAAACCAAAAAUAUCAUUAAAUUAUCAACAUAUGUUAUUUUUUGCUGGUUUACGCGGAGCUAUGAGUUUCGCUCUAGCGAUUAGAAAUACUGUCUCUGAUGCUCGACAAGCAAUGUUAACAACAACGAGUUUAAUUGUAAUUCUAACAGUUAUUUUUCAAGGUGGUGCAACAACCCAAUUUUUGAGCUGGUUUAAUAUACCAGUUGGAGUAGAUGAAGAAAUAGAAGGAUUGUCACAUAAUGGAAUGCGCAGUUCUGGUGGCGAAGGUGGCUUUGGAGAUCUGGACAUACGUAGGGAGAGAAGUCCGCCGUAUAAUUCUAUGCAGGAUGGAUCAUUACCAAGCAGUGGCAUAAAACCUAAUGAAAAAGCAUUACUUGCCAGAAUCUGGGGUGAUUUUGACACACGCUAUAUGAAACCACUUUUAACUCACUCCAGACCUACAUUACUGGAAACAUUGCCAGUUUGUUGUACACCUUUAGCUAGAAUUCUUACAACAACACAACAAAUGACACAGGAUGAAGCUGUUAGAAAAGCAGAUUCAGAUUCAGAUUUUUGUCUUGAAGAUCGUGAAUUGGAGCGACGAAGGACUAGUGUCCAACCGACACAUGUAAGGAGCUCUCAAACAGAACACGUUUAUAAAAAAUAAAUCUAAUAUGAUUUAUUAAAUUGAAUAAAUUUUUGGGACUUUUUCUACAAUUCUUUUAAAUACAAAUUAAUAUUCUUCUUAUUCAAUAUACCAUAAAUAUUUAAUAUCAAUAUGUUACUUCAUUCAAAUUCUAAUUCAGUAUGUUUUAUUUUUAAUAUUGUCUAAUUUUGUUAUUAUACAGAUAAAUUUUAAUUUCUUCAAGUAAUAUAAAACAUGUAUGUUUUCUAAUAUAUUGUAACAUCUCAGAUAGUAUUUAAUGAAAAUUAUGAUAUAGGUAUGUGCGUAUGCAAUGUUGGUGUCAAGUAUUACAUAUUAUUACUGUACUAUAGUUUCUAUAAAUGUUGAUUAUAUUUUA